AUGUCGGACACUUGGGGCUCGAUCCAGGCGCACAAGAAACAGCUGGACUCGCUGCGGGAGCGGCUGCAGCGGAGGCGCAAGCAGGAGCCUCUGGAUCUCAGGAAUCCAGACCUGGUGCUCAGCCCUCCCUUACGCAGUGACAGCCCAGUGCCUUCCUCCGUCACGCCCGGCACUGCCACAGAGCCAGGAGAUUUAGUAACUGACCCUGAAUUAGAAAAAAAAAUCCUCCAUCACCUUUCAGACCUGGGACUGGCGCUGCCCACGGAUGCUUUAACCAUCUGCCAAGCCAUCUUCACGGUGAGUCAAGAAAUUCUGGAGCUGCUGAACACGACAACGGCCAAGGAGCAGUCCAUCGUGGAAAAGUUCCGCUCGCGAGGGCGGGCACAGGUUCAGGAGUUCUGCGACUAUGGAACCAAGGAGGAGUGCAUGAAGGCCAGCGAUGCUGAGCGCCCCUGUCGUAAACUGCACUUCCGCCGUAUCAUCAACAAGCACACAGACGAGUCCCUAGGCGACUGCUCCUUCCUCAACACCUGUUUUCACAUGGACACCUGCAAGUACGUGCAUUAUGAGAUCGACGCCUGCACAGACCUGGAUGCCCCCUGCGGGCGGGAGCUUCUUUUAGGCCAAGAGCUGGCCCUGCCCCAAGCUGUGGGGAGAGAUUCCAGCGUGGAUCGGCUCUUCCCCCCACAGGCUCUGUUUCGUGUCUUCCCCCUCAGGUACGAGCGGGUGGAUGAGAUCAUCUGGGUGAAAACCAACCAGCUGCAGCGUAUUAUCCGAACAGGAAGGACAGGCCAUUGGCUCAACCACGGCAAGGAGCACUGCUUGGUUGGCGUGAAAGGAAACCCCCAAGGCUUCAACAGAGGUCUUGACUGUGACGUGAUUGUGGCAGAGGUUCGCUCUACCAGUCACAAGCCGGAUGAGAUUUACGGCAUGAUUGAGCGGCUUUCUCCGGGCACCCGCAAGAUCGAGCUGUUCGGGCGACCUCACAACGUACAACCCAACUG